AUGAAAUAUUUAUUUAUUGUCUCAUAAUAAAUCUAUUUCUAAGUAUAAAUUUAGGUGAAAAAUAAAGAGAAAAAUUUAUCAAUCACCUAGACAGACAGACAGACAGACAGACAGACAGACAGACAGACAGACAGACAGACGAAGCGACUGGAUAUAUUUAAAAGAAGCAAAAUGAGUAAAAUAACUUUAUUUCUAUCUGGAUUGGCUAUAAUUUUGAUUGGUACAGCAACUUUAUACGCAAUUGCUCAACCAAAGCAAAAUAACUUAAACUGGGCAAGUUGCUUGAGAUAUGAAUAAAAAACCACUUCUGAAGGAGAAACACUUUUCUAUGUUGAGAAUAUUUGCGAUGAGUCAUAUGGAUAUAUUCUUUCUAUGAUUAGUGAUAACCUUCAUGGAUAAUACUAUGAAAUUGAUGUACCUUGCUUGAAAAAAGGAGAGAAGUAUGCUUUGGUUGAUUAUAAGCAGUAGGAUUUUCUUAAUGAUAACUAAUAUGGUUGCUGA